AUGAGCGCACCGGGAGGCGAAGAAGACUUUUCCUCGGUCAAGGACCGCUGGACGCGACGAGCGGCGAGGAACCCCUCUGCCCCGCCUCCGCAGCCUGGCCAGCCGAAGAGUGGCACCAAACCCACCAAGUCGACGUCGGCCACUGUGGCGUGGUCUCGUUUAAACCAGGGCGCCAACGGCGACCUGAUGCUCAAGCUGCCCAUAGAGCUCCUCAUCCUCAUCUGCUGCACGCCGGCUAUCAAGGCGCGCGACCUGGUGGCCCUCGAGCUGGCCUGCUCGCGGUUCCGUACGGGCGCCGCCCCGUCGCCCACCGAACAGGCCGCCCGGAUGAAGCUGGCAGCCCGUCACCCACGGCUCGAGCCCGCGCUCUACGACGAGGCCGCGCCGCUGCCGCUGGCCAGCAACUUCAAGGGCCUGCUCUACCACAUGGACGAGUGCCAGUGGCGCGUGGGUGGGUUCAGGUGCCAGGGCCGCCGCCCGCCCGCCCCGGUCCGCGGCUGGGAGGCCAACGUCGACGACAGGAACGACAUCGAGCCGGACCUGCCGCCGGUCCCGGUGCCGACCGGCUGCGGCCACUACCUGAUGUGGGAUCCGAAGCAGGGGCGCCUCAGGUGCCCGGCCGGCUGCGGGUCCCUCGUGGCGCCCACCUGCGCGUGCAAGGCCUACAUGCGCGACGAAGAGGAGGAGAAGAAGUUGGGCGACCACGGCUCGCGCUAUUCGGUGAUGACCUACGCCGGACCGGCCCCGAGCCCACUACGCGACUCCCUGGCCCAGCUGGCCGCCAAAUCGAAGGGCUCCUUCACCGGUGACGACGUGCCGGAGUGGUGGUGGGACCAGCCCCUGCGGUGCAAGACCCCCGCGAUGACCUGUAUCGCCUGCGGCUUCACCGUGGCCGAGCACGCCUGUCUGGGCCGGCCCACCAACUCCCACCACCUGCCGUUCCACCCGCCGCGCGCAUUGCUGCAGGAGGGCUUCUACGAGAGGGUGUGGUGCUCCUAUCGAUGGCAGUGCUACGGCGAGGGGGGCUGUUCCGUGAUCCACGGCGGACCCGAACGCCGCGACGGUCAGGGCCGGCCUGCCGACCCACGCUUCCGGGCUCUGCUCUGCUGCGUGUCGGGGGACGAAUGCCGCAGUAGCAGCGACAGUAAGCCACAGCCGGGCAGGGAGGGUACCGAGAUGGCGACCCUGGAGUGGCUCGACACGUUUGGGCCUCCCACCAACUACUACGACUAUCGCGCUGUGAAGCUGCCGGCAGGACCAAUAGAUGGAUGA